AUGCUUCCUACCCUCCUCCUCCUGGCCACCACCGGCCUCGCCAGCCCCUUUGCCAUCUACCGUCCUGGCGGCGACACCCAAAGCAAUGCUGUGAUUGCGGGCGUGCACCAGGCUUUCGCCGUGCCCCUCUCGCAUACCACCGGCUCGCGCAAGCGCGAAAUGGCGAAGCGCGAUGGCGUUGAGCAGGACCGCACGUACCUCCUCAGCGAGGCAGCCAAGGUCGACCGCCGCUACAACGCCGGUCAGGGUGGCUAUUCGGACGUGCUCCGCAGGACUCUGGCCAAGCGCUCGUCGGGCUCGGUCGCUCUCACCGACAUCGAGCUUGACGCGUCCUACUCGGGCCAGGUCUCAAUUGGCACGCCGGCCCAGACCUUUGAUAUCAUCCUCGACACUGGCUCGGCUGACCUCUGGGUCGAGUCGUCGUCGUGCUCUGGGUGCGCGGGCACAACCUACUCGUCGUCCUCGUCGAGUUCCUACGCGUCUUCCAACGCCACGUUUUCGAUCUCGUACGGAUCUGGCGACGCCACGGGCACGCUCGCCACGGACACGGUCACCAUGGCCGGGUUCGCCGUCGCGUCCCAGACCUUUGCCCAGGUCACGUCCAUGACCUCGGGCCUCAUCUCGUCGUCGGUCAGCGGCAUCAUGGGCCUGUCAUGGGAGGCGCUCUCGUACUCCAAGGCGACCCCUUGGUGGGAGACGCUUGCCGCCUCGAGCCAGUGGGACUCGAAGCUAUUUGCAUUCUACCUCAAGCGCUGGCGUGACGUUUCGGGCGCGACCAGCUCGGAGAGCGACGGCGGCACUGCCAACUUUGGCGCCCUCGACUCGUCCCUGUACUCUGGUGACGUGACCUACGUCACCCUCGCCUCGAACCCCGAGUACUGGGAGAUUCCGAUGAGCAGCGUCGCCGUUGGCAGCACGAGCAUCGACCUUGGCUCCAGCACGCAGGUGGCCAUCGACACUGGUACCACGCUCAUCGGUGGCCCUUCGAGCAUUGUCGCCAGCAUCUACGCCGCGAUUCCCAACUCGCGCCAGAUGACCGGCUCGUACUCGAGCUACUACGAGUACCCUUGCAACCAGUCGGUGACCGUGUCGCUGACCUUUGGCGGCUACACCAUCGACGUUGGAGACGCCGACUUCAACCUUGGAAAGUACAGCACCGGUGACUACUGCACUGGCGCAGUCUUUGUCCAGACCCUCUCGUCCAGCUCGCCUGUCCAGUGGAUUGUUGGCGCCACUGCUCUCAAGAACACGUACACCGUUUUCCGCUACUCGCCCGCUGCUGUCGGCUUUGCCGCGCUUGCGUCCAGCGCAGCUUCCACCACUGCGUCCACUGUGAUCCCUAGUGCCUCGCUCGCGGCCGCCGUUGUUAACAACAACACUGAGAGUGUCUCUACCGCAAACACGACGACUACGUCUACUUCUAGCUCUACCUUGGCGACCUUGGCGUCGGCCAGUGUCGUCACCUCGUCGGGCUCUGCUGCUAGCAGCUCUGCGGCCGUCCACACUGUCACGGCCGCGGACGCGGGAUCGUCGGGCAGCUCGACUGGCAGCUCGUCUAGCGGUACUCGCGCGUUGGCCGCGCCCACCUUGUCGGCCCUGCUCGCCGGCGGCCUCCUCUGCAUGUUCAUCUAA